ACUGAAGAGGGGAAGUUGUGGAUGUUGAAAGAAGUUAGGUUGUCAUGUGGUAACCAGGGCAAGGCGAGGAGUUAAAGAAUUGGACAAUUUAUCAUAUGACUGAGCAAAAGGAGAAAAUAGUACGGAGCUGGGUGCUGAUCAGAUCGAUGUCGUUGAAGUUAUUGUGUCUAUUUGUUUUUGGCUCAUUCUGCGAAGCUGUCUCGUGGAUUGCGCUCUCCGUUUGCUAGCCGGCUACAUCAUGUAGCAAAUUGUGAGCUAGCCUACAUAUAAAUCAAGUUAGAUGAGAGGUAAGCCUAACUAGAAAGGGAGCUCGGAAGACGGGUUAUGUUAGUAUUCCUAUGUGUUACUGAUGUAUUAAAUCAAUCCUCCGUGUUUUGCUUGGUGAAGCUAACACAUUGUUUUGACUCAGGUAAAGUCGCUAGCAAAACUAGUUGCUUGAUCUUAGCGGCUGAUGGACCGGCAUAGCAUACUGUGUCCUGGUUGGAAUGAUCAUUUGCAUCUUGGUUUUGUAAAUUAGCUAGCUAGCUAUAUAAUUCAAUAAUGAUCUAACUUAUAUCGCUACAAAUACUUAGAUCAGUUAUUUUGAAGUAGUUAGCUAUGUUUUGAAUAAAGUUAUUUUUCAGUCGAGUACAAUUCAAAAUAAUUAAUUCUGUGAGUUGGCUAACUUACAGUUUCACAUUUUCUAUCAAGUUGCAACUUUAGUUGACAUAGCGAUGUAUUUAUGGGCAUUAUGUUCGAUUAUAAGAUAAUAUUUUAGCUAGCUAAGUAACGUUAACGUUACUCAGGGCUAUAUUUUGAACAGAUGGGUUGUGUUUUCGAUGCCUAGCUAGCUAGUGGAUGCGUUUGGCUCGUAAAUUAGUUAACACGAUAUUUGCCUGAAUUGCCCUGGAAAUUACAUUUGAUUGUCUAAGUUGUAGGCACUUUUGCGUGUUUAAUUAUUGGUAGUUGUUGCUUGUUAUUUGAUUACACAUUGUUUUUCAACCACCACUGGGUUUUAAAUGUUGUUAUCAGGGUAGCGAGUUUCUCCUGUUUCCUGCUGUGGAAUGCACGUAGCUAGCCUACUCGGUUUGCACAAGUCUCGUAACGUUAUAAGAUUAGCUAGUUAAGUGUCAGUCGGCAACAUUUUAAUGCUUGCAAAUUGGGUAGAAGUUGAAUCUCGUUCGGGACCACUGUCAGACUAAAUUGGGCCACUGGGAAAGUUGCUUCACGAAAAACGCGGAUUCAGCACCUCAAACAGAUUUAAAGUGCUGUGUUGGGUGGAACAGGAGGUCGACGUCUCUACACAUAUAGCUAGCUUGCUACUGGCUAGGAAGAAGGAAGGGAAAACAAAUUGGGAACCUCUGUAAACAGGAAAACCAAAGAAAAUGGCCGGCGAUUGCGCCUACGAAACGCAUUAUGUUAAUGAUGACACGUUUGGCAACAAGCAAUUGUUCGGCAGAAAUCAGGAACUCAUUGUAGAUGGUAUCCUGGACACCGCGAAGGGUGGUAGCAAGUCGAUCAAGGCGGUCGUCUCGUCACCCUACUUUGAAAUAAUAGACGGAGUUUUGUACAGAAAAAAGUUGGAAAGGGGAUACAUCAGGUACAGGGAAGUGUUGGACAGGAAUCGACAACGCAGCACGAUCGCCGCUUUCCAUGAAGAGCCGCCAGGGAAGCGACACCACACUUUGGAUGACACCUAUAGAACCGUGGCGGAUAACUACUGGUGGGAAGGGAUGUAUUUCCACAUCCGGGAGUAUGUGUCGGGCUGUCCGCAGUGCCAGGCCCAGCAGAGGAGGGAAGAGGUCCGAGGAGAACCCCGCAUCUCCAGGACGCUGGCGUCCCAUGGCAACGCCGUGCUCCGCCAGCUGAGCUGCCAGCAGGAGGCGGGGCUCUUCUGUGACAUCACUCUGAAGACGGGCAGCCGCUCCUUCCCCGCCCACCGCGCGGUCCUGGCGGCAGUCAGCGAAUACUUCCAGGAGAUCUUCACCGAGAUGGACUCUGAGGGACAGCCCAACGUAGACCUCACUGGUUUCCGGGAGGAGAGCGUCCUGCCCCUGCUGGAGUUCUCCUACACCUCCACGCUGUCCCUGAGCGCGGCGGACCUGGCGGAGGUCUCUGCCCUGGCCCAGCACUUCCGCAUGUGGCCGGCCGUGGAGGCCUGCAGGGCCCUGCAGAGCGAGCGGGGCGGGGCGGCCCCCAAACCCGGCGCGGGAGCCCUCCAGGGGCACGCAGGAGCCCUCCAGGGGCACGCCCGUCCCGCGGACACCAGCAGGGCCGGGGCCCUGCACGCCAAGAGGAAGCGGGGGUGGAGUUUGGGGGGGCGGGAUGCAGUUGAGAGCCGGGAGGACCUCCUCACGCCCGCCUUCGAUCCGUCCAGAGACGCCCCCGGCGGGCGCGGCAGGGACAGCCACGCCCCCGGCAGCCCCGUCUGCCGGCUGAAGCUGCUGGACUUCAAGUCCCCGUCCAGCAAGGCGAAAACGCCCACCCAGAACCUCCCCGGGGGCACGCCGCUGCUCCAGCCGCCCGCCGGCGCUCCGCAGGGCCCCCUGCUGGCCUGCGCCACGCCCUGCAGGCAGAGGCUGGGCUGGCCGGAGCCGGGCGCGGAGCAGAGCGAGGAGGAGGGCCAGAGCCCGCGCGCGCUGGAGAAGUACAGGCUGCUGAGCACGCUGGGCCUGCAGAGGCGCAGCCUGCUGCCCCGCCCCGAGGAGCUGAUCGGCUGGCGGCAGAAGAAGCGUCUGCGGAAGCCCAAGGUGAGCAGCUACGCCCUCACCGUCCCGCGCAAACCGCGCGCCCCGGCCCUCCCUAACGCCCCCGCCCCCGUCAGUACCGCGCUCCUGCAGGCCCUGAUAAAGACGGAGCCCCCGCAGGUCCUGAUAAAGACGGAGCCCCCGCAGGUCCUGAUAAAGACGGAGCCCCCGCAGGUCCUGAUAAAGACGGAGCCCCCGCAGGUCCUGAUAAAGACGGAGCCCCCUGACCCCAUCAGCAUGGAGGACAUGAUGAUGGGUCUGGGCGGGGCGUGGGGCGGCGGUGGGGGUCUGGAGCGCAGGGAGCUCAGGCGUUCGGCCCGGGGCAGGACCGCCCCUCCGUGGACCCCCGUCCCCAGCGUGGCCCCCCCGGUCAGCAGGAGGUCCCUGCGGGUGAAGCAGGAGCCUGACGCCCCCCCGAUCUGGACCCUGCCCCCGCCGACACUCAGCGCCAACCCCCGUCCCCGGGGCCGCCCGCGUAAAAACCCGCCCCCCUGCGUCCCAGGGGCCCCGAGCGGGGUGCGGCCCCGGGGCCGGCCCCGACGCGGCGAGAGCCCCGCCCCCGUGCUCACCCUGCUCACCUCCAUCAAAGAGGAGCCGGCGGACGCCUCCGUGACCCCCGCCCCCCUGCCCACGGGCCGCCGCCAGCGGCAGAGCAAGCCGCCGCUGAAGCUGCUGGACCCGGGCUUCCUGUUCCCCCUCGGCCGGCCCGGCGUGAGCGUGAAGCAGGAGGAGGCGGGCGUGGCCGCGUGGCAGGGGGCGGGGCUCCUCGGGGGCCGCUCCGGGGUCGCCAGGACCCGCUGCUCCCCCCGCCACGCCCGCCCCGGCCCCGGCCCCGACAGGACGCAGCCGCGUGCUAAAGGGCCCCCGGCCCCCCUGCUGAAGAACAGGGCGGUGCACCGCAGGCUGAUGGACAGAGGGGCCACGGGGGGCCUCACUCGACCCGCCCUGCUCAAGGCCCACAAGGCAAAGCAGACGGGACAACGACCAAAGAAUGCGUGCGCGGCGCCCUCGUUGCAGCGGUCGGCGGCCCUGGAGUCCGUGCGCCUGGCGCGCAUGAAGCGGCUGAGGGAGCGGAGGAGCCACACCCCUGUCCCGUCACACACCUGCCUGCAGUGCCAAGCUGCCUACCGCAGCUGCGACGCCCUGAUCAUGCACCGCAUCCGCCACAUCGAGGGGAAACACUGGCCCUGCCCUCUGUGCAGUAAGACGUUUUUCCGCCAGCGGAACGUUCAGUGUCACAUCCGCACACACGACCCAAAGCUCUACAAGUGCUCCAGCUGCAUCGCGUCUCCCUGAGGUGGAUGCCAUCUGGAAUACCUUGGUUCAAGGAGGGUUUGCUUGUUGUUUUUGAGUGAAUAAAUACAAUCCAAUUAAUUGUGGAAAUGAUAGUCAAAAGGUAGAUGUUGUUAUUCUUGUUCUACUGACUAUUGUUGUAUAAAUCACAUAAAUAUGCUGUCUCCAUUUUAUAUUUAAUAACUACUGAGGUAAAACUUGAACCUCGUUGUGUCUCGUGCACAAGAUGGGGGCCUGUUAUAGAAAUUGUAAAUGAAAAGUAGAUAAUUGCAGUAGUUUUUAUGUUCUGAGGAAUCUCCAAUGCACUUGUACAGUAGCAUUUUCAUAAACCUAAGAUUUACUUGUUAAAAUUGGAUAUGAAUUGAUUUUAGAACUGAGAAUACUUGAAUGAAAUGAACUUAUGAAUCUGUAGUCACAAGGAGUGCUUGUAUAUCAAAGGUUACAUUUAAUGGUUUAUUUAAAGGGGAAACCUGUCUGUGUGUGACUGACACAAUUAUGACUGAGCUACAGCAGUUUUCUUGAUUUUUCAAAGAAGGCUGUAGUUUGCCUUUUUAUAUUUAAGAAUGACGUAAUAUUUAAUUUUAGGAGCAUUCUUUGAAAUCUUACAGUAAUAGAAUUUUGUUUUAAACUGCAAUUAUGGAAACAUUGAUUUCUACUGAAAUGUCAACAGUCUACUGAAACUGGUGGAAAAAAAGAAUAAAAUUAAAUAUUUUAAUGAA